AUGAAGAAAAUGUCAAUUUCACCAAUCCAAGGAGACAUUCGACCUGAUGUUGAAGAAUUAAUGGAGAUAAAAGAAGAAGAGGAACAUGAUAAACAAGCUGAACAACAAUCAAGUACAACUCCAAAACUUGUACUUAUAAUCACAAUUCCAUAUGUGAUUAUUCUUCCAUUCUUUUCUAAAAAUCUUCAUGACUGGUACACCACUUUUCUCUUAUGUCUUUUCAUCGGCUUCACUCUGGAUCUUGUAGCCAUUGGAGUUCGAUUCUUUUCUGUUUUACGGCCAUUAUCAUCAAUUGAAGCAGCUGCACUGACAGCAAUGGUACUUUUUUAUGCAAAAUAUAUUUGUGAAAAGUAUGAAUCUCCAUUGAGUUAUUCCUUAUUCUCGUUGUUUUGUUUAUUUUUGUUACCCGCAUAUUACCGAUGUUUUUUAUUAUUGAAGUUUAAGACUUCACAUCGAAAAAUGUUUAAGAGUAUGGUAGAAGAUGAUUUUUAG